AUGAGCUCUCCAGAGGAAGAAGGAACUCAGCCAGAAUCCCGGAGCCCGAAGAUGGCCCCGCGUACCCCCUCAACUCUACUAGACAGCAGCAGCAGCAGCAGCAGCAGCAGCAGCAGCAGUGUUGAUCAUGGGAAACUGACAACUUCCCAGCGUGUUUGUCAGCUGCUACUUGAACGCCACGGCAGCAGAAUAACGCAAUUUCUUCUGCAGAACAAAGAGGGCCGGCAACUCUUGAAAUCAUUCAUCGCUCUGGCUUUCGGCCAUAGUGAACAGGAGGGGGGCAACUGCCUCGUUCGCAUCAUUCAGAGAGAUCCCGAAACUCUCUUGCCGCUUCUCCUCAAAAAAUCAGCUGACAAGACGGUGGCGCGGGGGCUGGCCGCGUGUUUCGUUCGGGGUGUAUCGAACGCAGCAGCAGAAGAUCUGAAGCCAGUUGUUGCAGCACUAGCAGAAACUAUCACUGAGCCUCUAGGAGCGCAGACAGAAACCCCCAAAGAAGACGGGGGACAGGCUCCUGCUGCUGCUGUUGCUGCUGCUGCUGCUGCUGCUGCUGCUGACGAUGAUGAUGAGGGUUCAAGUGAUAAGAGGCCUGAUAAUGAACAGUCGGCUGCAGAGGGUUUGUUAAGGCGGCCGUCUCGCGUGCAGGAGCUGAUAAGAGAGCAGCAGCGGCGAUGUCAGCAGCAGCAGCAGCAGUUGCUGCGGCAGCGGAGCAGCUGUGUGCGUGAGUCUGCAGAGGUGCCUCAUGUAUCAGAGGAAAAAGAUGAGGGGAGAAGAGUGCAAGAGAAACUGUUGAUAGAGGCCGUAAUCUUCGCUGCAACUGAAGCCGCUUCCCCCGAAGCUGAGGCCCUCUGUGAACAGCUAGUAAACCUCUCGCCUGCAGUAUUAACGCGGGUUAUUAAAAUUGAAGUCGCUAGAAACCCAGCAGAAACAAACGCAGCAGCAGCAGCAGCAGCUUCCCCUACGGCUGCAACCGGGGCUGCUGCUGCUGCUGAAGACUCUUAA